AUGACGAUCAAAACAGGAGACCAGGAGUCUCCCGAGGAUUCGACCUCUCGCGCCGACCCCAAACCCAGUGUCAAAAGCCCUCCGCCCCCCGAGACUCCAGCCGCUGUCCAAACGCGGUUCCGAGUGAUAGCAGCUUUUUGGGCCGUGAUCAUAUUUUUGGGAUUCCCAAUAUGGUGGAAAACAACAUCAAUCUAUAGGGCAUCUCUCCCUAUCGAGGAGAUGGUGGAUUGGGCUGGUGGCAAGCCGUUCUGGCAGGCAUGUCGACCAGUGUUUCCCUUGGACAUUCAUCUUGCGACCCCUUCAAUGCAGUCUGCCGAUGCGCAGCAUCUCCUUCGCACGACACAGCACACUCUCGAUGACCUCAAUGAGUUCGCAGCCCAUCACCUCCGACUCAAGUUGGCCAACGAUAGCGCAUCCGAUUACGGGGAGGGUGACCUGGGGGCUGACGCCUCUGGAGAAGUGGCAGACACCGCAUUGACUGUUCGGCUUCUUCCACAGGAGAACCUCCUUGGCCCGCGCUCAGAGCUCCACGCUGCCGCCACCCAGCUCGAUGUCUUUUAUCCACCAAACCAAGUCCCAGCACCUUCGUCUUGGAACUCUCCCCUUUCCACAUAUAUCGCAGAGGAGCUGCAGGGGCUAUAUGGCGAGGAAAAGGCGACCAUCGCACACAUAUUGCACACCGCCGGGCUCGCUUCAACCUCGCCCCAGCUCGCCGAGGACAUCAGCCGAAGGCUACGUCGAUCGAUGAAGUAUGCCGAGACAUAUCAUCUGUCAUUCUCGCUCUUCACCCCUGGCUCUAGGCCCUCUUCGUGGGAUAUUGAGGCCGCUGUGAAUGAAUAUGUUUCUCCUCUCUUGAAGGCAUUAUCGCCCAUCAGCGACUUCACCGUGGACACGCAAGUGCAGCUAUAUGCAAACUUUGCCCCCACAGCACCCAAGCCUGAGUUUGACGAAUCCGAGGCAGCGUGGACAUUAAAGAAGGAAGACCUCAGUGCUUUCGUCAACGCUGCCGAAUGGCCGCUGAACCCCAGCAUCGGAAGCGGACCUACAAUCAACUUCAUCCUAUAUGUCCCAGAGCCCUCCCAGUCGCCACUAAUUGUCAAGGAAAAUCGUGCUUCAAGUUGGAUCGUACCGCAAUGGGGCGGUGUAUUCCUCUUGAACCCAACGCUUUCCAAUGACAAGACGGGCGAGUCCAAUCCUGCCCACCUAUCUCAGGAUUCCUUGGGCCCUGCCUUCAUGACCUUUUCCCACCAGCUCCUCACUCUUCUUGGCACUCCUAGUACCCCCGCCUCUCUCCCUCUUCGUCUUCAAACAUCUAUCCGCGUUCGCGCGGCCACUCUUCUCCUAUCUGCAUCAUCUACCAUGGGCUCACUUGCAAGUCUGACCGAGUCUCUUCCCUCCAUUCCCAUCCCAGCAACUGUGGCCACGUCUGUAUCUACGACCCUCUCUCACUUAAGCUCUACCUGUUCGCAUCUGCGGGAGGGUCGCUUUGGCGCUGCUCUUGCCAGCGCCCGAGUCGCAGAGACGGAAGCUGAGCGCAGUUUCUUCGAAAAGAGUAUGGUGGGCCAGGUCUACUUCCCCGAUGAGCAUAAAGUCGCAGUCUACCUUCCCCUUCUGGGCCCUAUUGGUGUGCCUCUUGUGGUUGGGUUGCUUAAGGAGGUCAAGAGGAUUAUAGCCGGACGCAAAGCGAAGAGGGCCGCUGCAUCAUAA